UCCAAAUUAUCAAAGUCUUCUCUCCUCUUCUCUUCUCCCUUUAUAUAUUCAAUUCUCUUCUCGUUUCCAAAACCACACAAAACAACCCAUUACACCUUUCAAUCUCUCUCUGUCUUUCCUUGUUAAUUUCUCCAUUGAUUUCUCCAUCUUUAGAUAAGCAAAGAUGCAGCAGGCAAUCCCUUACAAGUCAUGGCUGCCUCUAUACACCACCACCACCAACCCUCUAACCCUUAACCACACUUCCACUAAUGGUCUCGUUGAUUAUAAGAAACUGUUAAAAGGGUCGAAAAACAUGGUCAGUAUGGUUCAAGAGAAUGCUAUUAUAGUGUUUGCUAGGCGGGGGUGCUGUAUGAGCCAUGUAGUGAAGCGAUUGCUAUUAGGUCUUGGAGUGAACCCACCGAUCUAUGAGAUUGAUGAGGAAGAUGAGAUUAGUGUUUUGCAAGAAUUGGAGAUGAUUGUUAACAAAGUGGGAGGUGGAAAUGAUAAUAUGAGAAAAGUUCAGCUUCCUGGUGUUUUUAUUGGUGGCAAGUUGUUUGGAGGAUUGGAUAGGCUUAUGGCUACUCAUAUUUCAGGAGAAUUGGUGCCUAUAUUGAAAGACGCAGGAGCCUUGUGGCUUUGAUUCCUGCAGUUUUGAUUUCAUCUAACUCCCUUUAAAAAAAAAAAAAAAAAUCCUCCUUUGCUUUCUGAUUGCUGCAGUUUAGUUCACAAGAUAUGAACGAUUAAUUAUUUUUGGGUUUUAGAUUUGAGAUUGUAAUUUUGUCAGAAGUAAAGAAAGAAACACAACUCUCUCUCUCUCUC